UAUCCAGUUGCCCGUUCCAAAAGGAGGACAAAUUUCACGUUUGAGCUCAUCACCAAUGGCAAAGGUUCUCUCUUUCCAUGUGUUUCUAUCUACAGAGAGCCACAGGCCUUCUUCUUCUUCUUCUUCUUCCUCCAAGUCACUCAAGUUUGAGCAGAGAACAAGGACUUCCAUUUCUGCACCCAGAAAAGGUAAUUUCACUCCCUCACGGAAAACCCAGAAGCGAGAUUCAGAGGUUAUUACACACAGAGGUGGUCAGUUCAAUCCGUCACGCAAAACCCAGAAGCUGAAUUCAGAAAUUUCUCCUCAUAGAGCUGUUUCUGCAGUGAGGUUGAUGAGGAUAGAGAUGGGCGGUGCUUUUGCUGAUCUUCUCAAUGAGAAAGGGAAGGGCUCUGGUGAAAAUGAGAUGGGAUAUGUUGAAAGAACUCUCGGCUUUCGCACACGGGAUUUGGAGGACCGUGAUCUUAGACUGGUCACUGAUAUUGUUGGAGGUACCAUACGUUGGAAGAGAUAUCUGGAUCAUCUGAUAAGUUCAAUAUGUCGUGAUGCAAACACAUUUAGCAGAAUGGAACCACUUCUUUUACAGAUUCUCCGAAUUGGUUUCUACGAGAUUGUCAAGCUUAAUAUGCCACCAUAUGCUGUCGUGGAUGAGAAUGUGAGGCUUGCAAAAAUUGCCCUUAGACAUGGUGCUGGCAACAUGGUCAAUGGGAUUCUCCGGAAGCUUGUUUUACUUAAGGAAAGUAACUCUCUUCCUCUACCCAAAGUGCAGGGUGAUGAUCACACACAAGCACGUGCUCUUGCUACUCUGUACUCUCAUCCUGUGUGGAUGAUAAGGCGAUGGACAAAACAUCUGGGACAAGAAGAAGCAAUUAGAUUGAUGACAUGGAAUAAUAGUGAUCCUAGUUUCAGCUUAAGGGCAAACAGUGGGAAAGGUUUUUCAAGAGCUGACCUUGUGACAAAGCUUAAUUUAUUGAAGGUCCCACAUGAGAAUUCUUUGUAUUUGAAUGAUUUUGUCCGUAUGAAAAAAGGGUUGCAGAGUGUGAUUCAAGCUGGUUUGCUGAAAGAAGGCUUAUGUUCAGUACAGGAUGAGAGCGCAGGCCUGGUAGUUUCUGUUGUAGAUCCUCAACAGGGUGAAAGCAUUAUUGAUUGUUGUGCUGCUCCCGGAGGAAAGACUCUUUACAUGGCGUCCCUUUUGAGUGGCCAAGGUAUCGUAUAUGCAGUUGACAUAAAUGAAGGGCGGUUAAGAAUCCUCAAAGAAACGGCUAAGUUGCACCAGUUAGAUGGUGUCAUCACAACUAUUCAUGCUGAUAUGCGUAGUUAUGCGGACAAUAAUACUAUGAAGUGUGACAAAGUUCUGUUGGAUGCUCCAUGUUCUGGACUGGGUGUUCUCUCCAAGAGGGCAGACUUGCGUUGGAACAGGAGAUUAGAGGACAUGGAGGAGCUUAAAAAUUUGCAGGAUGCGCUCCUUGAUGCAGCUACUCAAUUGGUCAAGCCUGGUGGAGUAUUAAUAUACAGUACUUGCUCCAUAGAUCCGGAAGAGAAUGAAGAGAGAAUUGCUGCAUUUCUUGUCAGGCAUCCAUAUUUUUGCAUAGAUCCUGUUGAUAAAUAUGUUCCAUCUGAAUUCGUAACGGAGCGUGGUUUCUAUUCCUCCAACCCCGUGAAACAUUCCCUGGAUGGGGCCUUUGCUGCUCGUUUAAGUCGAGUUUUGUAGAUGCAGGAAUUGAGUUCUGGAUUCGAACAACUUCUCCAUAGCUUGUUGGCACAACAAGGAUUAUAUGUGUGGUAGACAGCCUUUUCGACAUCUUGGAGAGGUUUCUGUGCUGAUGAUCCAAGUCGCUUGGACAAAUUCGCAAUGUGUACAGUCAAAAUGUUAUACACCUACAUUGCAGAGGGAUCACUAGCUCUACAACAAAUCAAGAUAGCGAUAGUUGGAUUAUCCAAAGACAUGCGAGCCGAAUUAAUUCAGGAUUUAAACUUUGGCUAUGCACGAAGAACAGUGGAAAUACGUUCAACCAUGGAUAGGUCCAUACAGCAAAUGUUCACACAGAAUGGGGUGGGCGGGAUGUUAAUAUGUAGGUUUGUAACAGAAACUUUGGAAAAGAGAGAAUAGGCUGAUCUAUCUAGGUAGUAUGCUUCUAAGCAGCCAUCAUGUGCCCUUUGGAGUUUGGAAAAAAACUCUGUACACAGAUAGGAAUUUUCUUUGUAUUCAUGUUCUCAAAUAAAUGAAUUACGAUUUUAUGCAAUUGUUUUCAGAGUUCCCCUUACCUAGGUCUUUAGGACUAGAAGUCUGAGAUUUGUUGGGAUUACUUGAAAGG